AGAGAAAUCCUCCACCAGACGUGAUGUAGUUCUGACAGACGGACAGACAGACAUCUGCUAUCAUGUCCAUCACCGUGAAUCUGAAGAGGAUCUCCAACUUGCCGGGACGAUCCGACAGAAAGGUCAAACUCGCAUUCAGAGGUUUCAUCCAUAAAACCAGAGUCCUGCGGUGUGAGAAUGUGGCCAUCUUCAAUGAGUAUUUUCGUUGGCCGCACUACGGUAAAGUGAUCACGGAUGAAGUUUUGUCCAUCAGUCUUUACAACAGCAGCAAGUUCUUCUCCAACAGACUGCUUGGACGGCUGGUCAUCAGUCUCCAGCAUGUAGUUACCUCCGGCAGGUUGUUGCUACGGGAACCACUCACUGAUGACAACUACAGCCUGACUGAUAUCAUUAUAGAGCUGGAUAUCCGGUUCCAGCCGGUGGAAGGAGCAGCCGGACACUGGGAAGGCCUGGACUUUCUGACAGUUGAAGACCAUGAUGAAUCAGCUCUGGUCUUCAGGAAUGAAGGAUUCGACGACCCAGAGAGGGGAUCAGUGGUUGCUAACCCGGAUCAGGUGGAAAGAGAAGCUCAGCGUCUCGGUCGGAGUCUGGUCCGGACGGGGGAUGAAGACAAUGACUAUGAUGAUGAUGACUACGAUUAUGAUGAUGAUGAUGAAGAUUUGGUGGACUUGGAAGCUUCUGACAUCAUCUUCACCACAAUCAUGAGUCGCUGCAGACCACUUUCUAGGAGAGCUGUUGCAUCAAUGCCAAGAGUCCAGAGCUUCCAGGUGAACGUGAACAUCCUGGAGGCCCAGAAGCUCGUUGGUGUGAACAUCAAUCCUGCAGUUUUCAUCAGAGUGGGGGGGCAGAAAAAAAACACGGCGACGCAGAAGUCCACCAACUGCCCGUUCUACAACGAGAUCUUCCAGUUUGAGUUUCAGGAGGCUCAACAACUCUUCUUUGACAAAGUCAUAGAGAUAAAGGUGUUCCACAGGCGGACGCUGGCCUUCCUAAUGACCCACAUCGGAACCUUUAAGAUUGACAUUUCCACUGUGUACCGCCAGCCAGACCACCGUUUCUACCAGAAGUGGGCUCCUCUCACCGACCCGGCAGACACCAGGUCGGGGGUGAAGGGCUACGUCAAGGCCAGCCUCAGCGUGAUGAUGAAGGGCGAAGCUCUGCGCAUGCCCAGUAUGUCACCGGCUUCCUCGUCCGGAGGCAGCGAGGACAUGGAAAAACAUCUUCUGCUUCCGCGUGGCAUGCCAUCCGAACGUCCGUGGGCCCGGUUUCGUAUCAGGAUCUACAGGGCGGAGGGCCUGCCCGCCAUGGAUGCGGGCCUAAUGGCAAAGAUGUCAGUCACUGACCGGGCAGUAUUCAUUGACCCCUACGUACAAGUGACCUUCGCUGGUCAACAGGGAGAAACGUCGGUCGCCGGUGCCACCAGCUGUCCAGUUUGGAACGAGGAGAUCUCCUUCAUUGAGCAGUUCCCCCCUUUAGCUCAGAGAAUCAAAGUCCAGGUCCUUGAUGAUGAAAAGAUGGGAGACAUUGCCUUGGCAACGCAUUUCCUGGACCUGCAGCAGAUUUCUGACCCCACCAGGAACGGUUUUAACCCCACCUUUGGCCCUAGUUGGGUUAAUCUUUACGGUUCCCCUCAGAACUCCACCCUCGGAGAUGUCCACCAGGCAUUGAACGAGGGUCUGGGCGAUGGAAUCUUCUAUCGAGGGCGAAUCCUUCUUGCUCUCUGCAUGGAAGUUUAUUCUUCCCCUUCCUCUGUCACCACGGAAACAGGCUCCAUCGCCGUGGCAAAGGUGAAAGGAGCGCUGGGAAAGUUUGGACUGAAGAAAAGGAAGAGCUCCAAGAAAAAGAAAGAUGCAUCUUCAGCUGAGAGUGGGUUCGCUGAUGAGUCCGGGGAGGCAGGAGUUGAGGUGCCAGAGUCUGUAACCGUGGAUGUUGAGGAGAUCCAUCCUCUCCCUGAGGCUUUUCUGGGUCAGAAAGAAGAAUUCCUGCUGUUUGCAUCGCUGUUUGAAGUCACUAUGAUCGACCCGUCUGUGGGAACAAAGCCACUAACGUUUGAACUCUCAAUAGGGAAUUACGGAAAGGCGGUGGGAGUUACGAAGUCCAAGAAGAGUCAGAGCAGGGAAGAGCUGAGAAGGAGCCGAGAAGAACUGAGGAGGAGCAGAGAGGACCUGGGCGAGGAGGCGCAGGGUCUGCUCGAGUCGGAAGAUGAGCUGGACAGAGAAGAGAUGCAGAAUGCUGAACCUGAGAACAGAUCUGUGUCUGCUGCCAUGAGACCUCAGUCCACUGAAUACGACCGGUCAUUCCAGUGUCUAGAGCUCCAACGCCCCCUAGUGAGGCUAAAGCCUUGCCUGUUCAUCUGGAGUCAGUUUGAAGACCACAGCUUUCGUCUCCAUCAGGCAAACUGGCUCAGCAAGAUGGCCGACAGGCUUGAUAUUGGUCUCGAUGAGGUGGAAAUACUCUUGAGGAGGCCGAAGAGCAAGGCCAGGGAGCGUUUGGUGGAGGUUCUGCUGGAGCUGGUGGCCUCCUGCAAGCAGUUCAGUGCUUUUUCAGAGAGGAGAUCUCAGUUUCAUCCCAACAACUUGGAUAAAUGCAGGAAAGAGUUCAUCAAGAAGAAUUUGGUGGUGAUCGCCAGACAGGCAGUCAAAGCCAGGCGGAGAGUAACCAGGAAGACGGUCAAACAGCACCUGACGGGGAGCAGGAAGCUCCUAAAGAAGCUCCGGCUACUGGCUGCUGAGCCCCAGAGCACCAUCCCGGAUGCUUUUCUGUGGUUGCUGAGUGGAAGCAAGCGACUGGCUUAUGUCAGGAUCCCCGCCCACUCCAUCAUGUUCUCAUUGGUGGAGGACCAGAAGGGGCAAGACUGCGGCCGCAUCACCACCUUCUAUAUGAAGUCUCCAGGAUGCUCAGCGAGUGAGGUCUUUGCAAAGCUGGAGGUCUAUCUAUGGCUGGGUCCUAUCAAAUACAGUAAAGAGGCCGUCAGCAGCCUGCCAGAGGAGUUUACCCCAGUAUACGAGGAGGAAGAGGAGGUGCAGAGGAGCCUGGCUCCCAUAGAUGGAAGGAUGAAGAUUCCUGUCAGUCUAUCCUGCCAAGAUAGCAGGUAUUUCCAGCUACGGUGUCACCUGUACCAGGGCCGCGGCCUGAUGGCUGCCGAUGACGACGGCCUGUCAGAUCCUUUUGCCAGGGUUGUGUUUUCUACGCAGUGCCAGGUCACCAGGGUGUUGCCAGACACCCUCUCCCCUUCCUGGUGCGAGUGCUUGCUGUUUGACAGAGUUUUGCUGGAAGGUACGAAGGAACAGAUCCAACAAGAUCCACCUCUCAUCAUCAUCAACAUCUACGACCACGACACCGUGGGCAGUCCAAAGGCUCUUGGCCGAGCUUUCGCCGAGCCAGAGUUUAAAACUGUGGAGCAGUUCUACGAAAAGCCGCACCUCCGUUUCUAUGACAUCAGCAAGGGCCGGGUUCCUGCUGGGGAGCUGCUGGCCGCUUUCGAGCUCAUUGAACUUGACUACUCUGGGUUUGGAGAGCCCUGUCUCCCCACCAGUGUGGACCCUCAGGAACUGACCUAUGACGAUGAGCAGAAGUACUGCAUCAUCCCAGAGGGCGUCCGGCCGGUCCUGAAAACCUUCAGGAUUGAGGUGCUGUUCUGGGGCCUGCGGGACCUGAAGCGGGUGCACCUGUUCGAGGUGGACCGCCCGCUGGUGAAGGUGGAGUGUGCAGGACAACAGCUGGAGUCCGAGGAAAUCCAGAGCUACAAGACCAACCCAAACUUCAAAGAGGUGGUCCGCUACAUCGACGUGGAGCUGCCUGAGCAGUCCUACCUCCACCCUCCUCUGACAGUGUUUGUGGUUGAGCAUCGGGCGUUUGGCCAUCUUGCUCUGGUCGGGUCGCAUGUGGUGCAGAACCUCAUGCACUAUGCCCCACGUGAGCUGGAGGAAGAUGCAGAGGAGGAGGAGGAAGAGCCAAAAACAAAAGUGAGGCAAAAGUCGGUGAAGAUCAACACUCUGAUGUCAGUGAAGAAUAUCGGACUCAGCGGCCUGACGGUUGCGCAGUCAAAGAUCCCGAUUAACCCCAUCAAGCUGGUCAAUGCUCCUCUGAAGAAGCUGACGAAGAACAGGGAGGAACUGGAGGAAGAGGCGCCUGAGAAGGAGGAGCUGGACUGGUGGUCCAAGUACUACGCCUCGCUGGAGGAGCUGGAGAAGAAGGCGGCUGAGAAAGAGGAGAUGGAGGAACAAGCAGAGACAGAUGGAGCAAAUAUGACCAUGGCGAACAUUGAAGAGGAGGAGGAGGAAAGUGUGGUGGUUGAGAUUGAGCCCCCCAAACGCAAAAAGAUUGCAACGCUAAAGCUGUAUGAAGGCGAUCUGGAGUCAGAGUUCAAUCAGUUUCAGGACUGGCUGAAGACGUUUCCUCUGUACAAAGGCAGAGCAAACACCGAAGAUGAGGAUGAGGAUGACGAAGAACGGCUGAUGGGAAAAUACAAGGGCUCCUUCCUGGUUUAUCCGAUUGAUCCAGAAGAUAAGGAAGAUACCACAUGUCAGAUCACCAACGGGAUCCCUAAAAACUCACCCGCCAAAGUGUUAAUCCGAGUCUACAUCGUCAAAGCCACCAGCCUGGCUCCCACGGACCCCAACGGUAAGAGUGACCCGUACCUGGUGGUCAAGGUGGGCGAUCAAAGUCAUGACUCCAAGGAUCGAUACGUCCCCAAGCAGCUCAACCCCAUAUUCGGAGAGGUUUUUGAACUCACGGUGUCGUUCCCUCUGGAGACAGAGUUGGUUAUCACGGUCAUGGACCAUGAUCUAGUAGGGGCUGAUGACGUUAUUGGUGAGACUCGGAUUGACUUGGAGAACCGGUUCUACAGCCGGCACCGAGCUUGCUGUGGUCUGGCUCUUUACUACGACACUGACGGAUACAACAUGUGGCGUGAUGCAAAAAGGCCGUCGACGAUCUUGGCCGAGCUCUGCAGGAAGAACGGCAUCCCCUCUCCAGAGUACAGAACAUCUGAAGUCAAAGUACUCAACAAGAUCUUCAAAAUACCACCAGACGCAGUACCUGAAGGUCUGCUGAAGAAGAACCAGCGGUCCUCAGAGGAGGAGGCACAGAUGGAGGAGCAUGCAGCUCUGAGUGUGUUGCGCCACUGGGAUGAAAUGAAGGAGUUCCUCCCUGGAGCCGUCCUCCUGGUGCCAGAGCACGUGGAGAUCCGGUCUCUGCUGAACCAGGACAACCCCGGACUUCCGCAGGGUUAUCUUCAUAUGUGGGUGGACAUGUUUCCCACCGACACCCCGGCUCCGCCUGCUGUUGACAUAAAGCCCCGCCAACCCGAACAGUUUGAGCUGCGUGUGAUCAUCUGGAACACGGAUGAAGUGUUUCUGGACGACGUCAACCCUUUCACCGGCGACCCCUCCUCCGACAUCUAUGUCAAAGGGUGGAUCAAAGGUUUGGACGGAGACAAACAGGAGACUGAUGUCCACUUCAACUCCCUGACUGGGGAGGGAAACUUCAACUGGAGAUUUGUUUUCCGCUUCGAUUACCUUCCUACUGAGAAAGAAGUGGUUUAUAAAAAGAAGGAGUCCAUCUUUUCCCUGGAGGAGUCUGAGUUUCGCCAGCCGGCCGCUCUUGCACUGCAGGUCUGGGACUACGACCGCAUCGCAGCCAAUGACUUCCUCGGCUCAUUAGAGUUUCAUCUCCACGACAUGGUGAGACCAGCAAAGACGUCCAGCAAGUGUACGAUUGAGAUGGCGAGGGAUCGCGCCAGCCCGCGGUUCUCCAUCUUUCGUGCCAAAAAGAUGAAGGGCUGGUGGCCGCUGGUGCGCCUGAAAACGGCCGAGGACUUUGAGAGGGAGGAGAAGGAGAAGCAGGAGGCCAAGAAGAAGGGACGAAAGAAGAAGAGCAAGGACAAGAGGAGCAAGCUGAGACGGGAGGACAUCCAGUACACCGACACUUUGGGAAACACUUUCCUUUUAAUGGGGAAGGUGGAGGCGGAGCUUCAGCUGGUGACGUUGGAGCAGGCGGAGGCCAACCCUGUGGGGCGAGGACGAAAGGAGCCCGAACCUCUGGACAAGCCAAAUCGUCCCACCACUAGUUUCAACUGGUUCGUCAACCCGAUAAAGACCUUCAUCUUCCUCAUCUGGAAGAACUACAAGAAGUACAUCAUAGCUCUGGUCAUCCUGGCCAUCCUCACACUCUUCCUUGUCCUCAUCCUGUACACGUUGCCGGGAGAAAUCAGCUCCCUCAUCGUCAGUGGAUGAAGAAACCCGCGAGCUGCCAACGUCUCUCGGUCUCAGGUUUCUGGUACUGAACUGGUACCAGGAUUUUUAUGGAGCUAAAUCUGUAAAAAAAAAAAACAACCUGAUACUGUAGGUUAUUUUCAUCCUGACUGCACUACAUUACCCAUAAUCCUCAAUGGCAGCAUGGAAAAAGAACCAAGGAUGUGUUUUUGUGGUGGAUUAUUACAAUGCCAGAAGAAGUGAUAACACCCACAGACUUAGGAUACAUCCCAACAUUGGCCCGGUUUCCCAGAUCAUUUAAGUAGUUCUUAACAGCGAAAGACUUCUUUCAAACCAUCUUAAGGAGCCUGUGAAAGAACUACUUAACUGUUAAGAACUACUUAACUGAUCUGGGAAACCGGGCCAAUUGUCAUUUUAAUAUGAACUGUAAAACUUACAACACAGUCCUGAUGAAAUAAAUCAUCCUUUCUUUUCCUAAACUGAACUGUAAUAAGUCUAAUUUAUAUUAGUGGUGUUUUUUUAUUUUUUAUUUUCAUAAAUACGAAUAGGAUUCAUUGUUUUACUUCAUGCACUGACUCAGAACAACAUCUGGAGGAAAAGCACACCUGCAGCAUCCUGAU